AUGCUGAUUAGCAGUGUAUCUGCUGUUUUUGCAGGUUGUUCGACACUGUGCCUCCAGGUCGCCCAAGCUAAAGACUAGGGUGCUGUUUUCGACAGCCUCAGCAUCUCGUCGGAACAGAACACCGAAAACCAGCCUCGGGGUUUGUGGGAUGCUACUGUUGGCUUCAAAAUUACAGACGCCAUGGACGCCCAACCAGGCGACACAUUCACUUUGAAUCUACCAAAUGUCUACACGGCCUAAGGUGCAAAUGGAGGCGAUUCUUUUGCAAUCUCAUCAAGCGGUUCUCAGCUUGCUACCUGCUCUGUGUUCUCAGGGCUUUCGUUGACUGCCGACUCAAGAGUCACAUGCACUGUCCCCAAGCAGGACAUUAACCAAAUGGCAUCUCUAAAAGACGUUACAGGGUCGAUAACUGUGCCUUUCAUUUUCAACGUCGGCGGCUCCGCCUUUCAAGCAGAUUUGGACGAUGCUCAAAAACUCGGCACGGGAACCCAAACUGUAAGGUGAAAUGAAUUGCCAGCUACUGUGUCGUUUGCCGCUGGGCCUACUUACACCCCCAGUUUGACCAAUGGUUAUAACGCUGCCACUGAUCCCAAUUCCUAUGUGCGUACCUCCAUGAACAAUCAAAUUCAGCCUUACUUCGUUGGCUCACAGUGUUCCAGUGGUUCUAUUGCCAGUGAGAAGAUCAAAAUCACCUACGCGGGAUUCUCUCGAGGUGACUCACAAACGGGUCAGCUAGUGUGUGCGGCGAUGUACAGGCAAUGAUUUCGAAUGGCUUAAUAGCUGGAUGAUGCCCCAGAAUGCCCAAUCUGGUUCUUCGUCUGUGUCAUAUACUUGCCAAGACAAUACAGUUAAAGUCGAUGCAACUAAUAUCCCAGCUGGCUACAGAGUUUUUGUUGUCGGGUACCAGAGACUAUCGAGUUCCGGCAAUCCUAUCACCUUGAUGAACCAAUACAAGGACACCGUGACUUGCUCAGACGGAUCGACCGAACAGACGAGUUUUAGCAUACGAACACAAUUGAAACUGGCGGCGGCGUCCGGGAGUUUCAGUCCAUUCAAGAUCUCUACUAGUACCUACUUGGGAGAGGCAACCACGAUAACCACCACCAUAGUAGAUGGUACAGACAACUAAAUUGUUCUCAAACCAACACCCAGAACAACAAUCACCCAAAGGUACGAUGGAGACGUUGUAACGACUCUAACAUUGAGCAACGAUUCGGACGCUACCUUCAUCACAGUUAAAGUCGAUCUUCCGACAAGAACGAAAACAACUACUGUCCCAUGGACAGGUACCGAGACAACUAGUCAUCUAGUGACAAGCGGUAGCACGUUUACUCAGGUAGUCGAAACGCUUGCUGCGCGUACUACUGUCACUCACAUUUGGACUUCCAGAUCUCAUUCGACUACAAUUGAUUCUUUCGACCCUUCCAGCGAUUUUCGUUGUUACUGCGGAAGUCUGGGAGCCCUCCAGCACCACAACAACCCAACGAACUUAUUACACGGGCACAGCCGCGUCUCUGACUACAUCGCCAUACUCCGAUUCCGAUGUCACGGUAAGCGUAAUCAAUUACGUGCCUUCCCCCGCUUCACAACUUUUGUACCAACGACCGAAACAACUGCAUUCAGCACUAGCGCUUUAACCAACCGCGCUGGAGAAACCACAGGUCUUGAAGUUUUCAAGAUUGCUCCAUUUAAGACCGUCACUACUCAAUACAUAUGGACAAACACGUACGUGUCGUCGAGUACCGAGCCCACACAAACGGCAGGAGCGUCGGUUGUGACAGUAGUCAACUACAUUCCUCGUUAUACGCAAAGCAAAAAGGGAGAUGUUCGCCCACCAACGGUGUAACGGGACUUGAGUGCUCUUCAGGGCUAUUUUGCAAUGGCGGUAAACUGACGUGUCAGCAGAUAAGCACAGUUACACAAAAGAGCUUUUAUCCAGGCACUACACCAUCCACGACUACCCUUCCUUACGUUUCUUCGGAUACCACUGUUGUAAUAUACUUACCUCCUGCUACGACAACUAGAACUACCACUUGGAAUCACGUUUAUACGACGACAGUAACAGAGUCGCAUGCAACUGACGCGUCUUUAGUUUACGUUGAUGUCGAGAUUCCAGUCACAACCCCAGUGCGUAGCACAUGGUCUCAAACCGAGCUCUUCACCACCACUGAACCAGUGGCAGAUGAUUCAACAGAAUACACGGUAGUCGUUUACGGGUCUUCUGUAUCCGAAACUACCUCAACGUCAUCCUACACUGGUAGAUCGUCAACGACCUACACCAUUUCCAAAAAUCCUACUCAGGUUACUGUCAUCGAAGUUGAACCCAUUCCAACAACCGCCGUCACAAGAGGCUGGACUUACAGCACAACGGGUACAACUGAAUUCAAUUGCGGCGACAUAGAGCAAGGAAACCCAACUCUCAACAUUUUCCACAAGAGAGGCGUCAACCCUUACACUCAGGCCUGCGAUCCAUUGAACACAGUCACUACUCAAAUCACAGAAGCUGUUCACGGACCUUUCGUCACCUCAACGGUUCAUUUCCCCUAUACGGUAUCUACGAUAAGUUCCUCCAUAAGCCUAUCUGAUGGAGCACUGACCGAGACCAUUGCACAAUUCGUUCCCAAUACUGUGUGUCAGCCAGUCGAUUCUGCGUGUGGCACUUUGACUACGUCUGACAAUGCUGUAUUCGCAGUUCAAACAGCUUGCUGCCAGUUGGGACUUAAAUUUGCCACGGAUUCAUCCUCCGUCGUAUGCGUCACAGCGUCUACUGCAACCACGUCUGUGACCAAGUACUGGACCCGGAAAACGACAUAUUUCACAGUAUACACUACCUUCAUCAACGGCCUGCCAUACGUGGAAACCGAGUAUGAUGUUCCUAUUACUACUACCACGUUGACAAGAACAGGACCGUAUAAGUCCACUGCGACCGUCUCCACGAUAUCAGGGAAUUCUGAGCGCGGUACUGCCACAGUCAUUGUCCAGGUAUCAAGCGCCACCCCGACGACGGUGACCACUACCAAUGGAUGUUCAAGUUCCAACUGCUCAUGUCAGCUCGACCAGGACCACACAUGGACCGGAUCGCGUAUCGGCACAUGCUCUACCGAUUUGAUCACCUUCACUGGCUCUGACGGUAUUGCAACGACUGAGACCAUCUACUAUGUUGAGACUCCAGUCGCUGAAAUCAGUUUGACUGCUACCACCGGCUGGACUGGAUCUGUUACUUGAACAUAUUCCACCAAAUUUACCCUUUUUACCGGCUCCGACGGUAUCCCAACCACUGGGACUAUCUAAUAUGUGGAGACUCCAGUGGCCACUAUUGAAUCGACUACUAUUACUGGGUGGACUGGAUCUGUCACAUCGACAUACUCAACAGACGUGUCUACCUUCACCGGCUCUGAUGGCAGUCGUACCACUGAAACUGUGUAUUUCGUGGAAACUCCAACUGACAACGUCCAGACUACAGCCCCCAGUGGACCGGUAGCUUCACGUCUAAUUACUCCACCGCGUUGGCUACUUUUGUUGAAUCCCAAGGCUUAACAAAGACUGGCACUGUAUACUACGUCAAAACGCCGAUUAACGAGAUUCAAUCUACGGCAUACGCCCAGUGGACCGGCAGCUUUACUUCUACUUUCUCCACCGCGUUGAACAUGUUGACCGGGUCUGAUGGUAUUUCUACGACCGAGACUGUUUUCUACGUCGAGACCCCAACUGUUGAUUCGACUUUGUAUACGAAAUGGACCGGCUUGUCUACAUCAACGUAUUCAACAGGGUUAAAGACUAUCACAUCCCUAGGUGGGUCGUCAACGACACAAACAGUUUAUUACGUCAAGACUCCAAUGGCGAGACUUUACUCGAAUAAUACUACGAUGAGUGGUGGUCUUGCGACUUCCUCUGGAAUGAGUUCUGCCGUGACUUCCAGUGAUAACGCUGGGUCAUCUUCUUCCGCCCAUAUUGACUUUAAUUCCCAUGUCACAGUUUCUCUUUCGUCCAGCUCAUCUCCUGCAGGGAACACGAACUCACAUCGUUCGGUUGAGCAAUCAUCUACACCUUCAUUGAUCUCUGCCACCUCUGUGACUCAAUCUAUUGUGACGGAACACACAAGCGCUAGUUCCUUCUCCGAAACUCUAAGCAGCAGAACGUCUGCGACAAGUUCGAAUGCCGUUAUUUCAACGCUCUCUAAAAGUACGAAUGAUGUGACAAGAACAACUCCUACCGCGCCUGGUACCUCUUCUGAAUGA